CCAUAUUCCGUAUUUUUGUAGCAACUUCUAAACAAAUGAGUACACACCACACUCUCGUGUAAAAAAGAUUAUAAAAUUUAUUAAAAAAAAGACAAAAAAAAAACCAUAAAUUCUAAAUCCCCCAGUUCAAAAUAAACAAUAACUUUAUAUUGUGUUAUGUUUAAAAAAAAUACUUGUGUUCAUUUAAAAACAAACUACAAACUUUCUUUUUUCUACCAACACAAAAAAUUCUUAACCAUGACGAAGGCCUAAAAAGAAAAAAAAAUAAACAAAGAAAAAACAGAGAAAUAACCUUGUUCUUCAUUGAAUUUUUUGCUGAUAAUAAUGCAGAUUAAAAAAAUAUAUUAAUUAGAAACUUUGUAAAAAAGAAAACAAGCAAAUGGAUUCAAUUUGGUCCGAGUUGGGUAUUGCCACUCAACACGUUCGUGAGACUUCAUUGCCAGAUCGUUUUGUUGUAAUUGUUGACAAAGGAUGGCUGCAAUGUCUCGAACAGAAAAAGAAACUAACAGACUUUCCAAUUUAUCCGGGAUUGGAUAAACGAAUCCAUCCGCAGAGGCUAGAGCAUCCUUGGACUAAAGUUCAUGUGCAAAUUUAUCGCAAACAAAACCAUAAAGUAUUUCCAUUGCCUCGCAAUCGCGAUGCUAGUUUAGUAACAGUAACAGAUGAUGUUACAGUAGUGGGAGACUUGCCAAUGACAUACUCGCAGGCCGUAAGUUAUGUUUCCAAUACAAAUUUCAAAAACCUCUGGGAAACUGCAUACAAAAAAUACCCCGCUUCGCAUUUGAAAUUUUCAAAGCAAGCCACCCACAGCAAUAAUGGAAGUGGAGGAAGAAAUCUUGAUCAGUCCUCCUUCCUUCCCUACGACAUAAUACUACGAGAACUCAUUCAACGUAUUUUCAAUUGCUCAGUAAUCCAUUGCAAUAAUACCCACGUCCACAUUGAACCACAUCUCGUUGUAUUACCAACUGCCGGUGGUGAAUGUCAUCCCAAUGUCCUACCUGCGCUGGCCGCCAUUGAAACUAGUUUACACAUUGCCGUCAUAUUUUAUCCAACAGCCAUCGAGACUUCCCUCUAUGACUGUAUAACAUACAGUCCGGCUAUAUUAAGUAAAUCUAACAAUAAAUCCCUAUUCAUAAUCUAUCAACUACUACAGCUAACCAAAUACUUGUCAAAAUUGGGAUUAUUCCUUGGAGAUUUGCGAUUGCAUGAUAUUCUUGUUGAGGAUAAUCUAUGGUUGCAAAUAAUUCCCAGAAUUGAAUCAAAUAUCAUUCAACAGGAUUUGGAUGAUGCUUCACCAUCGACAGAUAAUCCAGUAAAUGAUGAUGACGAUGAUGAUGAGUACUCUGGCAGUACAAAGCUUGAUUUGAAAUUUGCUUAUGACUUGGAACAAUUUACAUUGCGGGAAUAUUGUGAAAUGUGGUGUAAUGGUCAAUUAUCGAAUUUUGACUAUCUAACAAUAUUGAAUAAUGCAGCUGGUCGAAGUGUAACGAAUCCCGAGUACCACCACAUUAUGCCAUGGGUAACAGAUUUUGCACAUCGCAAUGGAGCCAAUUGGAGAGAUUUGUCAAAAAGUAAAUAUCGUUUAAAUAAAGGAGAUGUUCAUCUCGAUUUGAUGUUCAGAUCGCAUGGAGCAACAUCGAGUCAUGAUGUUCCACAUCAUGUUUCGGAUUUCCUAUCGGAAAUCACUUACUUUGUCUAUAUGGCUAGGAGAACACCUCAGCAUAUACUUUGUCAUCAUGUUCGACCUAUUUGGGUGCCUGCUGAGUAUCCUGUUUCGAUUUUGCGAUUGCAAGAAUGGACACCAGAUGAAUGUAUACCCGAAUUCUAUUCAGAUCCAAUGGUUUUUAAGAGUAUACAUGAAGAUUUACCAGAUCUUGAGUUACCAAUGUGGGCGAGUUGUCCAGAGGAUUUUAUUGCAAAACAUCGAGAAGCAUUAGAGAGUCAGCAUGUUAGUGAGAGAUUGCAGUUGUGGAUUGAUUUGAACUUUGGAUACAAAUUAACAGGAAAAGCUGCUGUAAAAUCAAAAAAUGUUUGCCUCAGUAUGGUUGAUAAUCACAAAAACCUAUGCCAGCGAGGAAUCGUUCAACUUUUUACCCAACCUCAUCCACCAAAAAGAUUUCCCUCACCCUGGAUGAGUAAAACUCCACCACGUCUUAUCGAUCUCAAUCGUCGUCUUGCCAGAAGUCAAGAUGAUAUCUCAUCCCCAAAUAUCAGAUCUCCAUCUAGAGAAGUCGAUUCACCUCUUCUACAAACAACUCCACAGAGAUUUGGCAGACUAAGCCCCAAAACCAUACGUACACCAAAUACAAUUAUCGAAGACAACAGUCAAUUAAUUGAAUCUUCCACAUCAAAUUUCUACCCACCUCCAAAGAUUAUAGAACUACCAAAAGACUACAAGCCCUAUGCCUUCUUACAUAGCUUAGAAACCAUGGAAAUAUUUUUUUCAAAAACUUUCCUCGGCCAAAGGGCAUCUCAAAAUCAUACCGAAAAAAUGGCACACAAUGAUUUGCUUUUUGAAGAAUCUGAAAAUUCAUUCACAAAUCAAUUGUUUGCUGAUAAUUUUAGUCAAAUUGAAAAUCAACCUAAAUCCAUUGAUAACCAACGAGGGGCAAAAGCAAAGAGUUUCAUUGUGCCCCAUCAAACUGGAUCGAAACGGAAUCUUAAGCAAAUUUUGAUUGACAAACGUGAGAAGGACUUGCAAGUCAUUGGUUGUAUUAUGGUGGAACUUUUUGUAUUGAAUAAGCUACGACCGCUUUUCGGUUUGAAUUCAAGCUUUGAAGAACGACUUAAAGCAUGUCGAUUGGUAGCAGCAUCAAAUGCCUCCGAAAUUCCCAAAUGUCUGCGGUAUGUUGUAAAGUUACUAUUAAAUCUCAAUACUGUAGGACUGGUCACAGAACAAGGUUUACCGCCUCCAACUGCUCAACAGCUUCUGGAACCUAUUUUUGCUCAUAAUCUAAUACCUUUCCCCAACACCUACUUUCCAAUCUACACCCUCCUUCGGACUCUACAUAACUUUGAAUUCGACUCCACGCUUCUGGAGCUUUGCACUCACUUCAAUUGUGAUGGGAAAGAUUGCUCUAGGUACACAGAAAUUGACCGUAAACGAGUGCUUUUUACCAGGAAAAUCGCCGAAUGCAAAGUGAAGGCGUGCUGCGUCCAAAUCGAAAAACUGCUUGAACCAGUUGCCUAUGAGCAAUUUGGCUCUGUGGAGCUACUCCUUCCCCACAUAAUUGACUUGCUUCGCAAUGACGAAACAUCCAUCCUAACAGCUUGGUACUUAUUUGAUUUGAUGGCAACAGCUGUUGGUAUUCGAGAAACUCAAAAGCAUCUCCUCGAGCCAAUUAUGAAACUCUAUGACAUUGAAUCUUAUGAUCGUGGGACAGUCGGAACACGUAAGGUAAUGGACGGAAGCAUAAACUCAAUUCGGUUCACAACGAGUUCAUCGUUCAAAAGUCGAAAAUCAGUUAAACUCUAUCAUCAUAGCUUCUUGUUGCGCUUGAUUGUGAGAUUCGGAUUGAAAUGCUUUCUGGACAAUUUCAUAGCACCUUUGAUUGAAGCAGUCGGUGGCUAUAAAGAGCCUGAGGAUAGCUCUGGUUUUCAUUAUCAUAGCAAUUCAAAUUCACGUCAGAAUCGAUGUGGAAAGAAUUUCAAAUUCUGUUGCAAUGACGAAUCGGAAAACUCAAUGACGUUGAUUUCUCCCGAAGCCGAUGCCACACUCUCGUUUGAUGCCUCGACUAAACAAGAAAUCGAAGAUGUAUUUAGUUUUGAUGAUGACAAUUCGGAUAAGUCUAGUAAUGUGAUUGAUCCGGAGAAUAAAUCGGUAGACUCAUUUGAUAGUAGACCUUUAAACGCUGAGGAAGCUACCGAAGACACAAGGAUUUAUACUCCAGAGAAAAUGGCUAUUAAUGAGAUUUUCUAUGGUCAGCGACUAUCCAACAAUUCAUUUGAUGAAGAUAAAAUUUCCAUUAAUAGUCAAACAGAUAGUCCAUCAAAAAUGGUCGAUUCUUGCCUAAUGGGUCCAAAGUCACCAACUAUUGAUAUUCCAAGUGCUUUCAGGAGAUCGUAUCAGUUGAAUACAAUUGAUUGUGUGAUUGGAAGUAAGAAAAGUGUUGAUUCGUUUGAUUUGAUUGACGAGGCUCAACAGCAACAACAACAACAACAGCAACCAAAGAGUAGCAGCAAAAGUGAACCAAAUGACUCGCUUCAAGCAUCGGUUAUUUCAAAGUUAUCCGAGGCAAAGUCGUUGCAAAAUAAUCGAAUAUCUGAAAUGAGUUCGGAGAGUUUAAUUUGGUUGUCUCAUCGAUUGGGACCGGUUCUAACUGCCCGUUAUUUGACAAAGAAUUUGUUGAAAAUGUUGUCAUUGUGCUAUGUGGGUCAGGAGAAUCUCCUUCCUGAGACUUAUGAUUCUGAAGAAUCUAGUAAUUUGAACUAUUUUUCAACUUCUGAUGCUAAAGUUGUAGGAGACCGAAAUGCUGAAAGGGUUUUGGAGUGUUUAACUGCUGUUACUGCGCUUUUUGGUGAGGAAUUCAUUUUGUUGCAAUAUUUCCCACACAUUGGUGAGCUGGUUGCCCUCUGUCAGAAACGAAUCACACCUAGUUUGGAAGGUGCUCUAAUUAGUUCAUUGCAAUUGCUGAAAUACCUUGUCCCGUGCUUGAUUGAAAGUACAAUAAUGGAGAGAUUAAAGGAUGUUAUUUUGGACACAAUCAUAAUCCCGAUUAUUAUUCUUCUUGGCUCAACACGUUGUCUAAUGCCAAGUGGCUUCCUUGGUCGCAGUGUAUUAGCCCGCAAGCUCUUGGAUGCUAUUUAUGUUCUAUCUGUUCGUAUUGGUCCCGAUAUGUCCAAGGAACACCUCUGUAUUCCUGCCCUACGAAAAUUCUUCCUCAUUUUCGAUAAGGCCUAUGGAAUUGGUGAAAAUUUCCGUGAUAGUAGCGACGAUAUUGGCAUCUCACCACCCAAUUACAUGGUUGGUGGCAAUGAAGAUGCUGGUGACUUUCAAGAUCAUCAGAAAGAAAACGAAGAAAUCCGUGAUGUCUUCAGUCCAAGUUUAGCCCACUGUUCGUAUUUAGCGUUUCUACGUUUUCUCGGCGAAUCGAUUAUGACAAAAACUGUAGUCAAUUUGGAAUUCAUACUCACUCUGUGUCAUGAAUUCGAACAGCCUGACCUCUCUGCACCGGAUGAUGGAAGUGCAAAUUAUACGCCAGAAUCAUCCAGACGAGGUUCUGUGGAAGAACAACAGACUGCAAAUAGUUUUGGCACUACAAUGGUUGGAAAUCGAAUUGAAGUAGCGACAACAAGUACUAAACAGGAAAUGGGCCCAAUGGAAGUACUCGAUAUGGUGGCUUAUAAAUUCGAUCAAAUCGGAAAAACACGUCAUUUGCGUGGCAAUUGGUUGGCAUAUUGGCGCCAUGAGAUUAGCCGUCCUGACAAAGAUUCCCAUCUUAGUUUGAAGCAGAUUAAACUGCAGACUUUUGCUGGACAUACAAACUCCGUUCGAGCUAUCGUCGCUCUUGACAAUGAGAAUAGUUUUAUGUCAGCGUCGAAAGAUAAAACCGUCAAAUUAUGGUCACUCCGAAGUGAAGGCGACGGUAAAAAAGUUUCCUCUUGUCAAUUCACCUACAACAGUCACAAAAAGUCAGUGCAUUCGCUGGCUUUCCUAGAAUCGGCUAGAUUUGUGGUUUCUUGUGAUUCGGGAGUGCAUAUGUGGGAUCCAUUUAUUGGCCGUCCGCUGGGAAUCUUAGACUCUCCCAGACACAAUCCAGUCACUGUUGUUCGAUGUUUUCCUUCACCCAGUCCACUAAUCAUUGCCGGAACAGCUGAGUCGUCGGUGAAGAUCAUUGAUUCACGAACCAUGCAAUAUGUAAAUGAAUGGCGUUUGAGUUCGAAUCUGAGCAGCACAGUUCGAUGUCUAGCCGCAUCGCCAUCUGGCAAUUGGAUAGCAGCUGGGCUUUCGUCAGGUGGAAUUUCAAUUCUAGAUGCGAGAACAGGAAUUCUGUUAUCAUCGUGGCGCCCAAUGGAAUGUGAUAUGUUGCAGUUAGCUGCGUCCAAUGAUACUCAACUAAUUAGCUCUGCUUUGGAUCACAGUAUUUCUGUGUGGAAUGUAAAUGAUAGCAGUCUACAAUAUCAACUAAAACCCCCACCAGAACCAGCCCACUGCCUUCAGCCUAUUGGCUCUGAAUUAGUUUUUGCAACCACCGCCAAUCGCAUUGGCAUCUAUUCAGACAUUGGAAAUCGAGACGCUACAUGUUCGGUGACAAAACUUCGAUCAGAAACACUGCGAGGUGUCCUUACAAGCCUUGCUGUUUUACCUUUAAACCGAACCUUCCUCGCAGGCAAUGAAAGUGGAAACAUUGUCUUAUUGUGUUAAAUCUCAGUUGAAUUAUCAUAAAAGCAUUUUUUUUUUGUUGUAUUUUUUUUUUUUUAUUUUAAGUUUCCCAAAAUCGACCUUAAAAUUAAUGAGCUUAUUGAACAAAUAUCAAUUCUUUAUAAAUAUUUAUUAUAUUAUUGUUUUUUUCUUAAUUUUUUUUUUAUUAUUACACACAAUUUAGUUAUAUAAAUAUACCUAAAAAAUAUACAAGACAAAGUGAUACAAAUAUACACAGAAAAUGUAUAGUUUUUUUUAUAAUAAUAAUUUAUCAAUUUUUUUUUAAUAAUAAUUGAAGAAAGGGGUGCAAAAUGUUUAUAAUUUUUGUUUGUUAUAUUAUUUAGUUGUUUUAUUUAUAUCUUUUUUUUGUUUUGUUGAUUGCACUUUGGAACCCAUAAAGACAUUAUAUUCCAUUAUUUAUUAAUGUAACAUAACAAACAAGAAAAAAAAUAAAUAAAAAUUUCAAAAAUAAUGCCAAUAACAUUCCAGUUGAAAAAAAAUUAAAUUAAUAAAUAAAUACAAAUAAGUUAAUGGCAUGUAGAAUGGAAAUAGGUAUAAAUUAAAAAAAAAAAAUAUAUAAAAAUAAAAAUAUUUGCAUAUUCUAAAAAUUGUUAACAUUAUUGCGUUUUAUAUGAUUCGAUUUAUAUUGGUGACACUACAGUGCUAUGUGGGUCGCAACCACAUUCAAUAGUCCUGUUUUAUUUUGCGCUUCAAGUCAUAACGAUCACCCUUCAUCUUCGAAUAAGUGAAGUCUUUUAUCUUCCUGAGAGAAUCUCCGUUUCUCACAUUUUUUACUAUGCAAAGCAAUAAAUUAUAUCGGAAAUUUGCUAUGAAUCCCGAAAAAACAAUCAGAUAGUUUCAUACAAACUGUCAUUACGAGCGAAUUCUGUGAUUGUUUUUUAUCGGGAUUCUUAAACGGAGAUAUAAAUAAGAAGAAUUAUAGAAUAUGAAUUGAAAUUAUUCGUGAGAAUAAAAUUAUCCAGUUCGAGGCACAGUUUGUAGCGCAUUUUCCUCAAGUUGUUUUGUCGGCCAAUAUACAUAUUUUCAAAGAAAACGUAGGUACUUUUUUAAAUUUUUGUCCCAAAAUUACACCGGAAGAGAGUUCCUUUCGAUUCUAUGUGCUUUCAACAAAAUUAACCUUAACCAGGCCAAUUAUGGCAGAGGUGCAACGGAAAUUUGGCAGAAAAAAAAAGUUAUGCACCAUGAACAAGGUAAUUGCCGUACAACAAAACCUUCUAAAAAGGGACAUCCCGGAAACUUUUGGUUUUCAGUUAUGAAUAGAGCCUACAGAGAACUUUAUUUUGAUAUCUCAUUCGAUGGAUUUGGAGAAAAUUUUUGAAAAUUCCGUUUUU